AUGCCGACUUCGCCUUCGCCCGACGGCAAUGGCGCCGCCGAGCACCGAAAGAGCGCCAAGCUCGGGUUGAUGUCUGGUGUCUACAUCCCCGUCUUCCUCAAUAUUACGAGCAUCCUCAUGUUCUUGCGGUUCGGCCUCGUUCUCGGCCAGGUCGGCUUCGUCGGAAUCAUGGGUCUGCUAGUGACGGCGUAUUGUGUCGAUUUGCUGACCACCCUCUCGCUCUCCGCCAUUGCCUCCAACGGCGAGGUCAAGGGUGGCGGUGCAUAUUACCUCAUCUCGAGGUCUCUCGGCCCUGAGUUCGGAGGCUCCAUCGGCAUCCUGUUCUUCCUCGCGCAGUCUCUCAAUACUGCUUUGAACAUAGUCGGUCUCGUCGACUGCAUACGACUCUACCUUGGACCAAGCUUUCCCCGUGGCUACUGGGCCGGUUAUGGCUUGCAGACAAUUGCCCUCACUCUCUGCACCGGACUCUGCCUGCUUGGCUCUGCUACCUUUUCGAGAGCAUCCAACGCUUUGCUCGCCAUCUUGACGCUGGCCGUCGUCAGCAUCCCGCUUUCAGCCAUGUUCAAGCAACCGUUCCGGGAUGAAAGGACGGGAAUAGAAUUCACGGGCCUCAGCCUCAACACUCUUGCGAGGAACUUUUUGCCCCGAACGGACAACACCGGCUACAAUGGAUUGGCCACCUUUCGCGAUCUAUUUGGCAUUCUCUUUCCAGCCACGGCGGGAAUCUUCGCCGGCGCCUCCAUGUCCGGAGAUCUGAAGAAUCCCAGCAAGGCUAUCCCUACAGGUACCCUCUGGGCCAUGGUGACAACCUUCAUCGUCUACUUUGUCGUCGUUCUGUCCCUGGCUGCUACCACCACCCACGAGUCGUUUCUCGCCAAUGCCAACAUCAUACCCCUGAUAAACCUGUCCGCCCCUGUUAUACUCGCCGGAGAGUGUGCCGUCACCUUGUUCUCCGCCUUGAUGGGAAUCAUCGGCUCCGCGAAGCUCUUUCAAGCUUUGGCCAAGGACCAACUUUUGCCAGGACUGUCGGUAUUUAGCAAAGGAACAAAGAAGUAUGAUGAGCCAGUCCUGGCCAUCAUGUUGACAUAUGUCAUUUCUCAGAUUUCCCUCUUGGCCGAUUUGAACCAUAUUGCGACGUUCAUUUCCAUGGGAUACCAGAUGACCUUCUUCGUCAUGAACCUCGCCUGUUUUCUCCUCAAGAUUGGGUCGGCCCCCAACUUUAGACCGGGUUUCAAGUACUUCAGCUGGCAGACGGCCUUUCUCGGCAGCCUGCUCUCGGCAGCAGCCAUGUUCUUCAUCGAUGAGACCUACGCCUCCGUCGCCAUUUGCGGUCUCAUAUUCUUAUUCCUCCUGAUUCAUUAUCUCUGCCCUCCGAAACGAUGGGGAGACGUGUCUCAAAACCUCCUGUAUCAUCAAGUCAGAAAAUAUCUUCUUCGAUUGAAGCCGGAGCACAUCAAGUUUUGGCGACCACACAUCAUUCUCCUAAUCAACGAUCCGCGUCGACAAGUGAACCUGAUACAGUUCUGUAAUUCAAUGAAAAAGGGGUCCUUGUAUAUUCUCGGCCACGUCAUCGUAACCGACGACUUCGAUAGCGGCGUCCACGAAGCUCGACUUCAGCAACAGGCCUGGACGAAUUACAUCUCCGAGUUCUCCAGGAUCAAGGCAUUCGUUCAGCUUACAAUGUCUCCAUCCAUCACAUGGGGCAUCAGGAACCUGAUCUUGUCCGCUGGCCUGGGCGGCAUGAGGCCGAACAUUGCCGUUAUGGGCUUUUACAACAUGAAUGAGCUUCGUAAAUCCAACCCCAGGGUGACUAUACCAGAAGUGCCUGCGUCACCGGCGGUGAAAAUGCGACGGCCGCCCGAGGCUGAUGUGAGGGCACCCGCAACGAAGCGCCGCCGCGACACGUCAGCCCGGCUGCUUGAAGGAGUGUUGCCGACGGACGUGAUCAGAACCGAGGGUAUGAUGUCUCCGACAGACUACAUGGUUAUGCUCGAGGAUCUCGCACUCAAGUACCGCCUCAACGUCGCCGUCGCCCACGGUUUCGAAAAGCUGGAAAGACCGCGACGAGAUGGCGGCAACUCCAAGAGAUUCGUUGACCUGUGGCCCAUCCAGAUGUCAGCAGAGGUCUUGUCUGACGGCAAAAAUAUUUUAACCACAAACUUUGAUACAUAUACCCUUAUUCUGCAACUAGGUCACAUAUUAGAGAGCGUGCAUACAUGGAAGCAGGCGUACUCUCUGCGAGUCAUGCUGUUCGUCGAGUACGAAAACGAAGUAGAGGACGAGAGUGCGCGCGUGAGAGCGCUGCUCGAGAAGCUACGGAUCGAGGCUAAAGUCUUGGUGUUUUGGCUUGCCUCGGGCCACCUCAACACGUACGAGUUCAUCAUCAAUGGUUUCACAGAUGACAUCGAUACGGAAAUCAUCGUCAACGAUGCGCUCAAGGGUGAAAAGUGGUGGGAGGAAUUGCAGGCCUUCCGCGAACAAGUCAACAGUUUGUCGUCGAGCCGUGACAUGGGCCAGAUGGCGCACUUCCUCGACUCUACCAUCGGAAGACCAGGCGUCUACAAUCCGCACGAAGAGGGCACCGUCCGUCGUCGCCGUUCCAGCAUGGCCGAAGUGGCAGAUAUGCUCAAGAAGCCUGCGAUGGGAAGCCUCGCCAAGAUGGGAGUGAACAUGGGCAUUCACACCCAUCACCUUAGCGAGGGUGUGCUUCAGGAUGAAAGUUCUGAGGAGGAGUGGCACUCCGAGGCAGACACGACGGAUACGGAAAGCGAGGAGACGUUGAUGCGGAAGAUGCAGCAAGGUGGCCUUUGUUGGGAGAUCGUCGAUCGAAUAGAGAGCCAUCGAGACGAGCUCGACGAGGGCAGCGGCCGAAAGACCAGCGCCUCCCUCAAGUUUUGGAGACUGGUACCAGCCCCCAAGAAGAAGGCAACAAGGAUGCGAGCCCAAUGUUGGAAGCCUUUCCGGCCCUCGGUUCACUUGACGUCACUCCCCUCCCUUGCGCUGCACCAACUAGGUCAAGGUCUGACGCCAAUCCGGCCGUCAUUUUCUCGGCAAUCCUCUGUCGCGCGCUUCUCCAGCCGGCUCGUGCCAGAGGCGACAAUAACAAGCGAGGCGGAAGGGUCCAACAUCAGCUUCGCGCCGUCGAUGCCGCCUACGCCGAGGACGGAGAGGCCGACGCAUUCGAGACAGUCCUCCCUGGGCCGCUUUUCAAGUCGACCCGUGCCCGAAACAAAGGUCGGGGGCGAGAACGAAGGCCCUCGCACGAUCCAGUUUGUAGAGCAACCAAUGACGGGUUCGACCUCGGCCUCGCAUUCCCGGCACCACUCCCGGGAGUGCUCGUCCACGAUUGGCCAAGGAGACGGUGUCGCGCUCUCGUUCAACGACCUGCCGAGCCGGGCGCAGCACCUCAUCCUCAACGAUCUCAUGCGCCAGCACUCGAAAGACACGGCCGUGUUGAUGACGACGUUGCCGAUUCCCUCCGACGGCACGAGCCUGGAGGAGCUGGCAACGAUUCAGUACUUGUCGGAUGUCGAAGUGUUAUGCAACGAGCUACCGCCGACUUUGAUGGUUUUGAGCAACAACAUGACGGUGACUCUACAGACAAAAGGGGCGCGAUUUGGGAAAAAGGUUCACCAAAGCUGCAACAUGUCCCAAGUUGUUAUGACGCAGCACGCAGAAAGACUUGGCUACCCACCUGUAGGCCCAAGGAGACUCAAGAUGGCUGCGGCAAAGUCAGGACUCGUCGAACAGCAGUACAAGCUCCUCAUCACGGUGUCGAGAAAGCCAGAGGAAGGGACCAGCACUACGGCGGAAGAGCAUGGCGCGAAGGCACUUGGACAGCCAUCAACUAGGCCUCCACCACUUCUGCUGAAUGACGAGCGACGAGAAAGAUUCUACAUGCAUUGCUGGACGGUGCCUAGUACCAUCCCGAAUCACAAUGAGUCUAUCGCCGGCUACGAUCAAUAUCAUCGACAGACCAAGUUGCGCUCGCGAAGUGUGACGGAUCAGAUACAGAGCGAUGACCCCGUUCUGGAACCGGCGAGAACAUCAGACUCGCCAAAAGGGCCGUACGAGAGAAGCAGCACAGCCAUCGGAGUGGAUGGAUUCUGCCACAACUGCGGCCUCGACAUCACUGGCAUUUCGUUGCCAGCAUUACAUGGGGGAAGCACAGGCGUUCCAGCGGCUAGAUUCUGCGGCAGCUGCAGUCUCGACGCCACAGGCGCUUCGUUGCCAGCAUCACCGACUUUCACGGAUGAGUUUCAUGUCCCACAAACCUCUCUGUAUCAAGAUGGAGUUGCGCAUGCACGUUCGACGUGGACAAGCUGCAUCUCGGACGAGUCGUUGCCGUCGAAUUAUCCAGAUGAGCCGCAUAGCCCGGGAAGAUUGGCACCCUCACCACGUUCGUUGUUGUCCGUUUCGCAGAGAAGAUCGUCUCUGCAUCAGAACACAUGUACGACUUUCCCGAGUGACAUGAGCAGAUCUGACGCAUCUUUCGGCGUCCCAUCACCCAUUUCUGCGUGGCAGGAUUCGGCGACAUCGCCGGUUCCUGUGCGACGGGAUCCAAUGGAACCGUCCUUCAAUGCACAGCAAGUUCCGUACCACACGCCGCUGCUGAGCGACAAAGGCCUGCGAAUCAUGCAUCGUCGGUCUAGCAUCAUCCCCAUACGGAUCCGAGAUCGCGCGCUGCUCCCUGUACGCGAAUACUCAUCUCGGUGUUCUGUCGACAUCGGAUGUUCCACACUGGGGAGAAUGAAAAGAGCGAAGGUGGUAGACAUUCGAUGCGAGAAGCUGUCGAAUCGUGAGGCGAAGAAGUGUCAGCAGCGUGUGUGUCAUGGAGCGGUAGGCUGGAUAUAA